ACAAUACUUUUUUUGGCAUAAAAAAGUGAACAAAAGGACCAAACAUGUCCUCCGAUUCUCACAAGAAACUGUACAAAAAACUUCGUGCGAAUCCGACCGAUAUGCGUACGGCAAGGAUAUCCAAUUUCUUAGAGUUGAGAAAACGGAAACGUGAAAAUGACUUCCAGAGGGGACGCAAUAUGCUGCUCAUCAUGCCAACAAAUGGGAAUACGAAUGAGAACAAUGAACUGGCGACAAAUAACUCGCAAGUGGCAGAACCGACCACAUCUCAAGUGCAACAGCAGCCGCAACUAUUUGUUGUGAGUGAAGAAUUGUUGCAAAAGUUAAAUAGUAACGAGGAACAGGAUCUACUGCAGGCCAUUAGUGAACUCCAUCUCUCAUUAUCGGACAUACCGAAUAAUACACCCAUUGGAGAGUUGGUUCACAAAAAUGUUGUGAAGCGGUUUGUGGCCAUUUUGAAGAAUAAAAAUAAUGAUAGCACAUUACAAUACGAAAUAGUAUCGAUCCUGAACAAAAUUGGUUGCGAUUCGUCCCAGGUUUAUACUCUCAUUGAGGCUGGUGCGGUGCCUGUGUUGCUGGAUCUAUUAUCGAGUUCGGAUCAUAAGGUCCAAGAGGAUGCUAUGUCGGCAUUGGGCAACAUGGCCGCCGAAUCAUCAGUAAAUCGUGAUCUUUUGUUUAACUCGGGCAUAAUGGUGCCGCUGUUGCACUUACUGAGCUCCUGUCCCGAGGUAUCCCUGGUACGCAGUGCAAUUUGGACAUUUGCCAAUUUGGCACGCUGGAGGAAUCCACCAUUUGAUUGCGCACAGAUCGGUGAGAGUAUGUUCAUUUUGAAGGAACUGUUGGAAGGGAAUUCGGAUCCCGAUAUCCUAACCGAUGCUUGUUUAACCGUAUGUUAUCUAUCGAAUGCCCGUGAACAUGUUCAAGCUGUCGUCGAUGCGGACAUUUGUCGUCAUUUGGUGGAACUCUUGGUGCACCCAGAACGUAGAGUAUUCACAGCUGCUCUGAGGGCUGUUGGUAAUGUUGUCCAUGGUAAUGAACAGCAGAUUAAAGUGGUAUUAGACUAUAAUGCCCUGCCCUGUAUCAGUGAUUUGAUGCACUACUCAUCGCAUCUUAUACGCAAGGAGGCCUGCAGGAGUAUUGCGAAUAUUGCCGCUGGUAAUCCAGAUCAAAUUCAAGCCAUUAUUGAUGCUAAUAUCUUUCCGCAAAUGUUGCUGAUGAUCAAAACGGCCGAAUCAAAGACAAUCAAAGAGAUUAUAAGAUCAUUGACAAAUGCCACCACAUUCGGCACAUCAGAUCAGAUACAUUAUCUGGCUAAAAAUAAUUCUUUGCCAUUAAUCUGUGAUUUUCUGACAACUGCCGAUACGGCAUUAACUUUGAUGACCCUCAAAACUCUUGAGAAUAUUCUAAAAGUCGGCAAUGAGUAUCAGACACUACCGAAUCCAUAUGCCCUAGCCAUUGAGGAAUGCGGCGGUCUUACUAAGAUCGAAUCAUUGCAAUCACAUGAGGAUCUUGAGAUCUAUCAUAAAUCGUUCAAUUUGAUUGAUCAAUUCUUCGAGGACGAGGAGGAUGAUGCGCGCAUGACCCCUGUGACUGGCAUCGAUCAAUUUGAAUUUAGUCCACAGAAUCUGCCAGAUGGCAGUUUGGAUUUCUAAUCAUCAUUUGUACUGCAUUUGCAUUUCCAUAUUUCCUACAUUCCAUACACAUUCCAUACAAUGAUUCAGUGAGCCAGCCUGCCACAAUAGUUACGAUGCCAAAGAAAGACACAAAAAUUUUUCAUAGUUUA